GAGAGAUAGAGAGCUACAAAUACUAUUGCAUAUGUUACUCAAAGAAGAAAACCUGUAGUAGCAAGAUAGCUGCUAACUUCCAUUUUCUUCUUCUUCCUCUCCAUGGCUUUCUUGGUAGAGAAAUCAUGUAGUGAUGUGGUAGUCUCUGUGAACUCUCACAAGCCAAUUCCAGCACCAUUCCUCACCAAAACCUACCAACUUGUUGACGAUCCAUCUACUGAUCACAUUGUCUCUUGGGGAGAAGAUAACAACACAUUCAUAGUAUGGAGACCUCCAGAUUUUGCAAAAGAUCUCCUUCCCAAAUACUUCAAACACAACAACUUCUCUAGCUUUGUGAGGCAGCUCAACACCUAUGGAUUCAGAAAGAUAGUUGCAGAGAGGUGGGAGUUUGCAAAUGAGUUCUUCAAAAAAGGAGAGAAACAUCUACUCUUAGAAAUCCACAGGAGAAAGACCAAUCAUUUUCAUCAUCAUCAAAAACAUAAUUACUUCCAUUACUCAUCACCAUCUUUGCAAUGCUACACAGAAUUCAUCAGCCAGGAGGAGCCGCCACCCCCGCCGGCGGUGCUCGCCACCACCCUCGACAGCACCGGUUUCCUCUCGGCCCUCUCGGAGGACAACCUUAGGUUGAGGAGGAGGAACUCUCUCCUCCUCUCAGAGCUCACUCAUUUGAAGAAGCUCUAUAGUGAUAUCAUUCAUUUCCUACAGCAUCAUGUAAGCACAGUGCACACAUACAGGCAUGGAAUGCUCAUAGAAAUGGCUACAGAAGAACAGCCUCAGUGCUCAUUAACCAUUAAAGGAGAGGAGGAAGAUGAGGAGGACGGACAUGACUGUGCUGUUAAACUCUUUGGUGUUCCAAUUUAUGGCAAAGAGCUAUGAGGCAUUGAAAGCAAGUGGUUGAUAAAGUGAAGUAGCAGUAAAAGAAGUUAAUUUAAGUUUUGUGUGAAUAAGCCUUAGCUUGUAGCUCUCUUGUUAGCUCCUGCUGAUUCAGACUAGUACUUAUUUGCUG